UAACAAAGUUUUCACCUUUAUGUUGAAUUUGGGUAUAUGAGGGUUUGUUUCAUAGAAAAAAAUUUGUGGGGUUUGAGUUUUGAAGUCAUUUCUUGAUUACCCAACUUGUGUUUCUUGAAUUUUUUGUUAAAAAACCUUUCUUGAUUGAUUUAGCCAUAAGAAGAAAUGAAAGGGGAUAGAAUGGCAAAAAGAUCAUCUUUUGGAAGCAUUGUGAGGAAGAGGUUAUCAGAUAUAACAAAUUCUCUUCCACAAACACAGCAAAAAUCGCCUAUCGAUGUCGAUAAGGUUUCGCCUGAUGUUUCUUCAAUGAAGGACUACAUUAAUCAUCUUGCCAAAGAAAAUGUUGCAUUGGUGAAAAUUGUUCAAGAAAAGAACAAGAUUAUAGAGCUGAGUGGACUUGAGCUUCAAAAAAUGAGGAUUCAUCUACAAAAAAUGCAGCUACAAAACUGGAAUCUUGCUCAAUCGAAUAGUCAUAUGUUGGCGGAACUCAAUUUGAGCAGAGAUAAGAUGAAAUCGCUACAACAUGAGCUGGUUUGCAAAGAAGUACUACUUAAAUCGCGGACGUUAGAAGAGUUGCAGGAACAAGAACAACAAAAGGACCAGCCAACAAAUGACUUGCAGGAUGAAGAGUUUAUGGAUAUGGACUCUCAGUUGAACAAACAUAGCAAGCCUAAAAAUGGUAACAGACGCCAGCGUGCUACAAGAAGUCAAUCUAUGGGCCAUUCAACAACAUCUCAACAAGCUGCAGAAAAAGAAGCAGCAGAAAACAAAAGGCGAUGUUUGAGAAGAAAGUCUACUAAUUCCAAAAACCAACAGCCAGAACCGGCAGCAGAGGACUUGUUUGAAUUAGAAGGCCUUGCUGUACCCUUUAACAGCCCGGUUCACAUAGACGGUUUUGUUCUAUCGCCUUUAUCUGGCAUUGAGGAAGUGAAACAUGACAAGGAAAAUGUAGCUCAACUUUCACGAAGGUCUUCUAUUGGAAGACCAUCGCGUAAAGCAGCCGAAAAGGUCCAGUCCUACAAGGAGAUUCCAGUUAACAUCAAAAUGAGAAGAGUUGCAUGAGCUUUAUAGAGCUUGAAGAGAAUAUUUAACUCCAUAAUGUAAUGUAAGCUGUGUUUAUUCUAUGUUAACCUGUUUUGUGACACCAUUGAUUGUUCUGUAUAUGGAUGUAUUUAAAACA